AUGGCGACCAGUCUAGACCGCAACUUGGGCUCGGACUCGGAGUCAUUGGAAGCAAUUGUAGACCGGAACAUCGAGUCAGAGCCAGAUAGCGCAUCAGAGGCGAAUGAUGGCGAAAGCUUGGAGGGGGUCGAGUACGACAGAUUGACGCGGCCGAAUUGCUUGAAGGCCAGACGAAUUUUUGCGUCCCGCAACGAUGACGAGGGCAGCGACACUGCAGAGCUUGCACAAAAGAAAACAGCGCGCAAAACUGAGGGAACCCUACGGAAAGCUGCCGAUCUUGAUGCUGAUGCAGAGCCUUCCACGUUGCUGCCCGACAAGACGGCAGCUGCCCCUGCAAAUCCUUCCAAUCACGAGAACCCCACCUCAAGUGUCCCCAGCAGCGAGCAACCCAUUCGACCUCUCCCUCCCAACAGCACGAUUGUCCAUAGUGAGACCGUUGAGAACGGCACCGUUCAGACCGUCCGCCAGAUGAUGCUGGGCACCUUUUUUUUCUCAAAGAUGUCCAGCAUCUCCGGGCUUAGCUGCAAAGACUCCAAGAACGGGCCACAGGGGUUCAGCAAGCGCUUUGCUGCUCUGCUGGAUCACAAGGUUGAGAUCCGUCACCUGUCUGAGGGUAGAGGGUACAGGAGUUUCGGCUCCUACCCGGAUUGGCCCACGGCAAUUGAAUAUUUUCGGACGCAGCCUCAUGGAGAGGAAGUUUUGGUAGAGGGGAGGCCGUGCAAACCAUACCUGGACAUGGACGGAGAUGGCGGUCUGCCGGAGGGAGAGACUCUGGAAAGCGUCAUUGCACAAUUUCAGGACGCAAUUAUGCGGGUGUUUGCGGAGGACUACGACGUGAAGCUUGUCGAGGGGGCCUUCAACUGGGUUCCCUGCGACUACGGCCCGGGCGGCAAGUUCAGCUUGCAUCUCAUCAUUUCGACGCACACCCCGCAGCUGGUCUUCCGCUCAAAUCUUGCACACACAGUGGAUCCGCAAGGAGCAGGGCAGCUCGCACGCAGGCUUGCUGAAGUCCUCCCGCCACACUUGGCGGAGCUGAUUGACCAGGGUGUGUACACCCAGAAUUGGGGCAUCAGAUUGCCUUGGUGUUCCAAACCAUCCGCCCCUCAGUGUCCGUUGCUGCCUCUGGACCCGCACAAACCUAUUGCCGACUCAGUCAUCACUUGGCUGGACGAUCAGGUUGUUUUCAUCCGGGUUCCAAUCAUUGCGCCCGACGCUGUCAAGGAGUGCAGACUUCUCAAAAAGUCAGCGGACAUGGCCUACCUCAAUCCCCACUUUGCCAACGCAUACAACACCCAGCGCUGCCUCAAGCUUUUGCAAGGUCUGCACCCGACCGCUUUCAAGCGAGGCUUGAGCAACCAGCUCAAUUUCAGCUGGACGGAUCGGGAUGGUGAGCCAUGCUAUGCGGGGCACAUACAUUCCGGGCAGCGCGACAUCCUUUGCAUCGUGAACGAGCAAGAAAACGCGGUCUUUGCCAAGUGCUCGAGCGAGAGAGUCGACCCCGCAACCGGGCUGACGUGCAAAGAACAGGCUGCCCACUACUUAGGGCUCCUGUACGCGGAUGCGGAAACUUGGAAAGCGGGAGCCGUGGAAAUCAACAUGCGAUAUCUGAGCAGGGAUCCUCUAGUCGCGGGUCCAACGGACCUGCACUUGAUCCAAGCUGGGGUCAAGCAAAUGACGAACACCAUUGUCUUCAACAGCCAGGUCAACAAACUCAAGCAAGCGACGCUCAGAGGAAGAAUCCGGAGUACUCCCACUAGUUACAACGAUCUGAAGAGCACGCCGGGCCGCUUCAACGAGCAGGGGCAUUUCGUGGAGGCUCUUACGGACCGCAAACGCCAUCCGGACGUCAUCUGCCAGUUCGACAGCUUGCCGGGCCUCGUUGCAGCGGGGAGGUUUUUCGAGCCUUUCGAUCUGGUCAUUUUCGAUGAGAUCGAGUCCAUUCUCUUCCACCUGUCUGCUUCGACCUUUCGAAACACUGGCAGGCACUCUACUGUCAAUCUGCUGGUGGAGAUUUUGCUGCGAGCAACGAAAGUCAUUGCGCUCGAUGGUCAUCUGGGCCAACGGACCUUCGACUUUUUCACGAUGAACGGGAUCAAGUGCGGACCUGUAGUGAUCAACGGAUCUCUCCCGCAAAGGCCGCUGGAAUUUGUGUUCGUCAACAGGAAGGAAGGGCAUGAGUAUUGGCAGAAUACGUUGCUCGAAUCGCUACGGAAAGGAAAGAACUGCAUCGUGUACUCGAUGUCCUCGAACGAGGUCGAUUUGUUGGAGAGAGUCGUGCUGUCCGGAAGGUGCUGUCCGGGGCCGAAAUCUUAA